AUUUGUUAUUCUUAAAUUGAAUAAUGUUUUUUUAAUUUAUUAAUUACUACACUUUUUAAAACUUGAAAUUUUCAAAUUAAUAUUAUUAAAUUUUAGUUGUUAUAAAUUUUUAUAUGUCAAUGAAUAAUUAUUUUUUAAUAUUCCACAAUUAGUUAGAACUCUGGCCUUUUGGGAAAACUAUUGCUACUACUAUUUUAUUGUCGUUAAAUUAUGGAACAAUUUUUAAAUUUGGUGCGUAAGCAUUUUACUCGAAUUGAUAUGUGUGACAUGGAUGAUAAAACACUGGAAGAAAUGUUUUUUCAAAAUGGACCUAGUCGAGAUGAGUGUAUUAAAUUCUUAGUAUAUGAACAUUUAUUAGAUAUUGAUAUUGAAUCUGAUACAAAAUCAGAACAUGAUUUAUGUAAAAUAUUUGUAGAAUUUGGAUUGUUGGAUAAUGAAACUGCAAAACUUUUUUUAAAUGGUAACAUGAAUAUAAAUCAACAACUCAAUUGUUGGAAAAGAAUUUUACCCGCUUUUAAGUCUGCUGUAUUAGUUUCAACUCCAUGGCCUGAUUAUGACACAAUGAUAAAUCAUACCUAUCAAAAAUUAGAGUCAUUACGAUCAAUUGCAAAAAAAACACUUCUUCCUCCAGAAUUGGUGCCCAAGCUGAAAAAUCAAGAACAAAAGGAAGAAAGUAAUGUUAAUUUUGAUGUAAUUUUAUCAAAGGUUCAAAACAUGUUAAAAAAACCUACAAGUUGCUUGAGUGUCCAAAAUGAGAAUGAUAAUGAUAAUAAUACAGAUAACAAAUUAGAUUUGCAAUCUAUACAUGAUGAAAUUGCUAAGUAUAAAAAAAUAUCUGAAAAUAAUCCAGUUAUUUUUCCAAAUGUUUCCACGAGAAAGAUUACUGUUGAAGAGUUUAUUGAAAGUAUUAAUAAUCAAAGUAUAAUUAGCAGUGAUGUCAUAGAAUCUAAAUUUAAUGAUAUUUGCAGACUUAUCAAAGAAGAGCAAGAAUUACAAACGUUAACACAAUCAUUAGCUAAAUAAAUUUGUAUAUAAUCCUUUUAAGAUAUGUGAUUUAUAAAAUAUUAAAUAUAUUAGCUUAUUGUAAUUUUUUAA